AUUGUAGAUGUUGAGAAUCGAGUGAUGAGUCGUUGUCGCGCCUUAUUUACAUAAUUUGUGUUUUUGCAGAUAAUCCUUCACCUUAGUGUAAGCUUUUCGAUCGGAUAUGCUUAUCGAUACUGGCCCCUUUGAUCAAAACAGUGUUAGAUCUUGACUUUCAUUUGAACAAUGUUGCAAAGGUAACCUCUCUGAUAGAGCAGCAAAAAAAUUAGAAGUAUCCCCAUUGUUAUGACAUUAUCCUCGACAUAAUUUGGCGGAAUAUGUUGGGUGCUCGAUCUUCACCUUCCAGUUCAUCAUUCUUUCAACAAAACUCUCAUUCAAAGAAGAUACCUAAAUUGAGAGAAACCCUGUAGUUGUUGCUGAUUUUGAGUAGUGUCCAGUGUCUGCUAGUUUCUGUCAGUCAAUACGAUGAGUAAACGUAGAAGAACCAGUUCCAUUUACCAGGAAGAAGAUUCUCUUGAUAGUUUGGUUGCUUCUACAAGCAGUGGCCCUACAAUGCGUAAAAGGAAAAAAGUGUUUGACCCUAUGGAGGCAUGCCAGCAACUGAUAGAUAUUGUAAGGAGUUACAAAAAAGAAGAUGGUUCAUUGCUUAGUGAGUCCUUCAUUAGAGUUCCCAAGCGUAGGCAAGAACCUUCUUACUAUGAUGUAGUUAGUAAUCCCAUAGAUUUGUUGAAAAUCCAACAAAAACUAAAAAUGGAUGAGUAUAAUGAUCUGGAUGAGUUGCAGAGUGAUAUAGAAUUAAUUGUAAAUAAUACUAAGGCUUUUUAUAAGAAAAACUCUCAACAGUAUAAAGAUGCUACUGAGCUAUGGGAAUUAUUCAUUUCCAGUAAAAAUAAGCUAUUGAAUGUAGAUGAGGAACCUAAAAAACCAGUGAAUAACAAGCAACCCCAACAGAGAAAUGCUAGAAGGAGUCUUGUAAAGCCAGAUACAAAAAACAACAUGAAGCAUGAAGAUUCCCCAGAAUACAUUGAUUCUGAAGAUGAAGAUGAUUCUAACUUGUAUGAAGAGUUUUUUGCUGCAAUUAUGACAGCUAAAGAUGACCACAAGAAACUGCUCCACCCUGCCUUUCAAUUGUUGCCAUCCAAAAAGAAAUAUCCUGAUUACUAUGAGGUAGUUGAACAACCAGUUGACUUGAAAAUGGUGGCCACCAAAGUACAGAACAACAAAUACAAUCAUAUUGUUGAGAUGGAAAGGGAUUUGUUGUUGAUGUGCAAGAAUGCUUGUCUCUACAAUGAUCCUGGUUCUCAAAUUCAUAAACAAGCAAAAGUAUUGAGGAAGUUCAUUCAUGACAAAAAGAUAGAAUUGGACGACGGAAAGCCAUACAUACCCAACCUAAACUCAGUGUCUAACAAAUCCAGUGAUAGUCCAUCUACCAAUAAGAACAAAACAACGCCCAACAAAAAUCAUUCCAUAUCGAAUUCCAAUAAAUCCAGUCGAUCUACUUCGAACUCGAAUAAAAUCGUUCAGUCUCCGGCAGUGAAAAAUUCCUCGAACAAGGUAACAAAAACUAACAGUUCAAGUACACCGAAUUCGAGGGGCUCCACACCGAAUUCCAAGAGCAAUUCUACUCCGAACGGGAAUAGGAGUGGGGGAACUCCGGUGGUCACUAAAAAUUCCGGAGCGCGAGGAAAGAGUAAAAGGAUAAAGGGCUCGUCCAGUUAUUCUGCAGUGACCUCUGCUCUCAAGGAUGAUUAUUCUGAUGCUGAAGUUGAAGCUGAGGAGGACCCGCGCGCCGCCGAUCCCGCCAAUCUCGCCAACCCCCAAUGGAAGCUGUUCGAGGCGGUGCGGACGGCCGUCGGCGGCAACGGCGUCGCCCUCUGCGAGCCCUUCUGGAAGCUGCCGUCGCGACGCUUCUAUCCCGACUACUACAAGGAGAUCAAGAAUCCCGUGUCGCUCGGCCAGAUCAGAAGGAAGUUGGCCGCGAAGGCGUACGGGACAUUGAGCGAGGUGGCCGGGGAUUUGACGGUGAUGUUCGAGAACGCCAAGAUCUAUAAUAUCGCCACGUCGAAGUUGUACAAGGACGCUGUAAAACUUCAAAAUCUGAUGCAGCUCAAAGUUCAAGAACUACUUGAUGUCGAUCAGGUAACACAAAGAGUCACUAACAAAAAAACAAAGUUGUUCACGGAAAACUCGAACGACACGCCGGCCAAACGGAAACCGGGGCCGAAACCGAAAAACGCCACCCCCGGGCAGACCCCUUUGAGGGGGCGACCGCCCAAGGAUUACGUGCCCCUCAAACAGAAGUUGCACAACCUGGCCAAGUACAUGUUGGAUUAUAUGACCGAGGAUGGUCGUAAACCCAUGCUGGCGUUCAUGGAGAAGCCGUCGAAAAAACUCUACCCCGGCUAUUACAAGGUGAUAGCGGAACCGAUCGACUUCCUGGAGAUCGAGGCGAAAAUCAAGGCGGACCAGUACAGUUGCGAGGCCGAUCUUGUCAAAGAUUUCAAAUUGAUGUUCAGCAAUUGUCGGGAAUUCAACGAGGAGAAUUCGCCGAUCUACGAGGACGCCAACGUUUUGGAAAAGUACCUGAUGGACAAGACCGUGCAAAUGCAAAAGCAGAGUACGCCGGAGAAGCCCAAGCGAGAGAGGAUAGUGCUGAAACCGCGUGCAAAUAAAACAUUUUUAUCUAGCUACAAGCCGAGGCGGAUCCUCUCCCCCCUGGAGCGCACCCUGAAAAACCUGUACGAAGCCAUCAGAUACUACAGGGAGCCGAAAGAGAACCGCCAACUAUCCCAAAUCUUCAUGAAACUGCCCUCGAAAAUCGACUAUCCCGACUACUACGAGGUCAUCUCGCAGCCCAUCGACAUGGAGAAGAUAUCGCACAAGAUUCGCGGUCACGACUACGAAAAUCUGGACGAAUUGGUGGCCGAUUUCGUGGCCAUGUUCGAAAAUGCUUGUAAAUAUAACGAACCGGAUUCGCAGAUCUAUAAGGACGCGAUGGUGCUGCAGCGGUUCUGCUUCCAGACCAAGAUGCAGCUGAAGGAGGACGACAACAAUGUACCUGAUUUCCUAGCCGCCAUACAAGAUAUUUUUUUGAAUUUGUUCACGAACGUGUACAACUAUCAGGACGACGAGGGUCGGUGCUAUUCGGAUUCGAUGUCGGAUCUGCCGGAGCACGACGAAAUCGAUGGGAAAAAGAUACGAGCUCUCUCCUUGGACCUGCUCAAGCGCCGCUUGGACAAAGGCGUCUACAAACGCUUGGACACCUUCCAAGACGACUUUUUCGCUUGCAUGGAACGAGCUCGCCGAUUAUCGCGCACCGACUCGCAAGUCUUCGAAGAUGCCGUCGAGCUGCAAAUGUACUUUGUGCGGCAGCGCGACGAGCUGUGCAGGAACGGGGAGCUGCUGUCGUCGCCUGCUUUGUGUUACACGGAGGCGGACGCUAGAGCGGCAAUCGAGCAAUUGAGGCAGAGCAAAGCGUUGAAGGAGUCGUUGGAGGAGGAGGGGGAAACACGCAGCUCGGAUGCCAGCGGUGUGGGCGAAUCCGACUCGUCGAUGACCUGCCCUUUGGGCACCAUCAAAGUGGGCGAGUUCGUCUACGUGGACUCCAAGGAAAAGACCCGCGAUGCGCACAUCCUCAAGAUCGAGCGGCUGUUUGAGCACGACGGGCGGCAAAUGUUGCACGGCAACUGCUACAUGCGGCCCGCCGAGACGUACCACCUGACCACCAGGAAGUUCUUGGAGCGGGAGGUGUUCAAGUCGGACACGCAUAUGACGGUGCCGCUGGAGGAGGUGCGCGACAGGUGUUGCGUCGUCAAUGUCAAGCAAUACUACGCGAUGAAGCCGGAAGGUUACGAAGAUAAAGACAUCUACGUGUGCGAAUCCAGGUACAGCACUAGGGGUAGGAACUUUAAAAAAAUCAAAAUCCACCCCGACAAUCCCACCAUCACGUUGGUACCACGAGAGGUGCCGCUUGAACCGAAAAGGGUGAUGUCAAUUUUCCGCGAAAGGGUGGAAAAGCACAAGGAUGAACUUCAGGAGUUGGAAGAUCUAGAAAAAUUGGUCGAAAAAGAGAAACCGAAUGUCGUCGCUUUUCAUUGUAUGGACAUCGAUGACGGCAACACUUAUUACGAGCAAUUCAAUACGAUAUGUUCGGGGGUGGUUAAAACGGGUGAUUACGUGUAUGUGGUGGCUGAAGGUGGCAAACAAAUCAUAGCGCAGAUAGACAGUAUUUGGGAAACGAAAGACGGUAAAUGUUAUUUUCGCGGCCCUUGGUUCAUAACGCCCUCGGAGGUGCCGAAUUCGCAGGGCAGGCUGUUCUACAAGCAGGAGUUGUUCUUGUCCAGCACGGAAGAGGCCAGUCCGAUAGUCAGUAUUAUUGGGAAGUGUUCGGUGCUCGAACUGAACGAUUUCAUCACGUACCGGAUGACGGAAAUCCCGGAAUCGGACGUCUUCAUCUGCGUGUCGAUGUACGACGAGAUCAACAGGCAGAUCAAAAAGUUGCCGCCCGACGGUCUCAAGAAGUUUGCCCACAGUCCCACCGUCACCGACGAUGAGGUUUAUUUCUUCACCAAGAUACUGAAUCCGCCUAAGGAAGAAAUUGCAGUUAAAGUCAGAAAGGCAGAAGAUCUCAAGUCUCAAAACUCCAGAGAUUCUGGAAUAGAGACUCAGUUAACUAAAAUGAACGACAUGGACAUAUUAAUGGAAGAUUCCCUAGAUGGUGGGCCCCCUUCAGUUGGUUCAGGGGAAAUCCCUGUGGUAAUCUGCACCCCAGGCGCCAACACUACUGCUACCACCCCUGCAACAACAAAAAAGAAAUCCAACAAGAACAAGGUGGUGACCGGCUACAUCCUGUAUUCGCGCGAAGUACGCAAACAAGUGGUGCAAAACAAUCCGGAAUCGACGUUCGGCGACAUCAGCCGCAUCGUCGGCAGCGAAUGGAAGUCGCUGCCGCAGAGCGAGAAGCAGCUGUGGGAGGAGCGAGCCUCCAAGCUGAACGAGGAGACGAAGGCGUUGCUGCUGCUGGACGAGCAGUGCAGCAGCCCUGUGCCGCCGCCGCCUCCUCCGGUGGAUCAGAUUUUCGAAUGCCUGUGGGACAACUGCGACUACCAGUUCGAAGAGGUGGCCGAUCUCAUCGAGCACUGCAUCAAGGACAAGGAGUCGCAAGGGCACGUGCAGGCCUUCUAUCAGGAGAACCAGGGCUCCGACUUCAAUUGCUAUUGGCGCAACUGCAGCAGGAACAAGAAGAACGUGCAGCCGUUCCCGAACAUCCAGCGGCUGAUCAGGCACAUUCGCGAUAUGCACAUCAACAAGGGGAAUGGUAGGAGUGUGGCACCGGAAAAUAGAAACAAGAACUUCAAGCCUUCCAGUAAGCCCCAAGCUGUCAAUCGCCCAACAUCCUCUGCUACUCCCAACCCUCCUAGUAGUACAUUUAACUCGAGUUCUGGGAGUCAUUCUACGCCAAUAAUUACAGCUACUGUGGCUGCAUCAAGCGUUUUGGCACCUACUGCUCAAAAAGUCCAAGAACCCAUGUUUAUAUCGGUACCACCGAGGCCGCAACGUGUGCUACAUUCUGAAGCGUACAUCAAGUACAUCGAAGGUCUUCAAGCGGAAAACAAGCACAUCACCUCCUGGGAGAGGAGUUUGCAAGCUACUCAGGAGAACACUCCUGCCCCGGAUUUGGAGAAAUUGCAACACGUGGCAACGUGGCUCGGCCGCAAAGCGGAUCAACACGACAACGUCGUGGCAGCCCUUUGGUCUUUGCGCAAUCAGUUGUUGAAAGAUACCUUAGGUUUACAUAAGACUUUGUAAUUAUUAUAUUAAUAAUUUAACUUAUUGACCUCUUAGUGAUUUUUUUUUUCUCUUUCUCUGCUCAGUAUGUGGAAGAAACGAUUUGUUUAUUGUUACAUUUCAUAUUAUAUUAGGUGUGUAUUAUUUUUCAAUUUUAUAUAGAAGAAAUAUAUGAAUGAUUGAAGU